AUGGAGCCCUCCCAGAACUUCAAGUCGUUGCAGGAGAGCGUCCAAAAGUCUCUUGUCUCGACCGUCAAAACCGUCAACCGCAUCGCGGCCGAAGACCUGAGCUUCCAGCGCACAGUCAACCCUGAGGUCGGCCAACAGCUCGAAGACAGAACAUCCCGGCUCCUCGAACUCGCUACGCGAUUGCUACAAUCAUCCGGGAAGGCUUGCAAUGUCAAGGCUCCUAAGCUGGAGGAUGUUGAGGAUAUUGAGAUGAACUGGAGGGGUGUUGUCGAUGUGGUCGAUUCUACGCUCGAGAAGGCCGACACGGCCCUGGACGAGUAUACAGGCCUGGUCAAGCGAAAGGAGCCACCUGUAUCCGAUUCCGCGACGACGUCCAAGAGAUCCAAGUCGACGAACAAGGUUAUCCGGAACGCCAACAUCUCCAAACCUCAGCUCUUGUUCGAACGCAAGCCCGACAACUUUCCCUCUGGUCCAUGGAAGCCUAUCCUUAGCGAAAAGCCACACGCGAAGGUAUCCUUGGAGGAAAGCCUAAAGAUUGUACCCAACGAGUCCGGCACACCGCAAUAUCAACAUCCCUACGAACGCGAAAUUGCUAGCAUGGUAUACCCCAAAAGAGUCUACAAGGAGGCAGAGCCUGUUAUGUAUCAGCCUGUUGAUACAACCCAAGCGAUAUGGGUCGACACGUAUGAAGGCGUCCUCGAGAUGCUGAAAGAGCUCAAGAAGGCGAAGGAGAUUGCUGUGGAUCUGGAACAUCACGACUUCAGAUCCUACAUCGGGCUUGUCUCGCUCAUGCAGAUUAGCACCCGAGAGAAGGACUGGAUCGUUGAUACAUUACAGCCUUGGCGUCACAAGCUCGAAGUGUUGAAUGAGGUCUUUACCAAUCCAAAGAUCAUCAAGGUCUUCCACGGCGCCUACAUGGAUAUGGUGUGGCUACAGCGAGAUCUGGGUCUCUACGUGAACGGCCUGUUCGACACAUAUUUUGCGUGCGAGCAACUUCACUAUCCGGCCAAAAGCUUGGCGUUCCUACUAUCCAAGUUUGUCGACUUUGACGCAGACAAGCAGUAUCAACUAGCAGAUUGGAGAAUUCGGCCGAUUCCUGAGGAGAUGAUGUACUACGCCCGGUCAGAUACUCACUACCUACUCUACAUUUACGAUAAAGUACGGAAUGAGCUUGUCGCCACCUCGGACAAGAGCAAACCCGAGACCAACCUCAUUGAGCGCGCUCUAGAAAAGUCGAAAGAACUAUCACUCUCCCGUUACGAAAAUCCUGGCUAUGAUGAGGAAACUGGCGAAGGCUCUCGAGGCUGGUAUGGAUAUGUCUUUAAGAAUUCUCACAUGGCUCUUGACAGUGAGCAGUUCGCUGUGUUCAAGGCCGUGUGGAAGUGGAGGGACGACACAGCCAGGGCGGAGGAUGAGAAUCCCAACUACGUUCUCAGCACCAGGGACAUUACGGAAAUUGCUCGACUCAACCCCCCUGAUGCCAAGGCCCUUCACAGUCUCCUGCCUCUCAGCGCAUCUCUGGCACGACCCCGGUUCAACGACAUUUGGGAAAGGAUCAGGAAGGCCAAGGCCCGAGGCGGACCCAGCUUGCUUCACUUCUUUACUUCGAUGGCGCCGGACACGUUGCGGAAGAACGGUCUCCCAUUUGCGGCCAGGAAGACGGCCAGGUUACCAGACCUCAACGGAGAGGUCACGGUCAACAGGCUGACCCGAUCGCAGCUAUUUGGAGAUAUGCCGAUCAGCACUCGGUGGGAUGCUUCGACGCCAACAGUCGACACAGAAGAGGAUCUCAUUCCCUUUCCCUGGCAGAAAUACGUUCAACAGGGCUCGUUUGAGGGAGGUAUUCAACACGACGAGCCCGUCGAGAAGACAGUCGUGGAUGCCAAACAGGCCGUGGGCGUGGAAGCUGCAGGGGACAAUGCUGAGCCUGAGGAGGUUACUGAGGAAGAGUUCACGCUGAAGAGGGGCCAGAAGCGAAAGUCGGAGGCCGUGGAUGAAUCCAGCUCAAGCGAGGAGGAGUCAGACUCGGAGUCAGAGUCAGGGUCAGACAGCGACGAGGAAAUGCAGGAAGACAGUGGAGUGCUUGCUAUCGAUGACGAGCCCAACAAGAAGGAAUUACGCCGCGCUCGACAAAAGCAGCGCAAAGCCAAGAAGGCACAGGAUGCACGAGCCAAACGGCUGGAGGCCAAAAAGGUUCAGAAGGCCCAGAAGAAGGACAAGAAGCAGAAGCAGCAAGAGGAGAAGAAGCAGAAGAAAUUUGACGCUGUGCCUUUCGACUACAGCAAGGCCACGUCGGUACUACAUGGAACCCGAGGGUCGAACGGCGGCGAGGCCGAAGGCAAGGGGAGGAAGAAGGUCUUUGACCCCUAUUCCAAGUCUGCAGAUACCGACAUCAAGGGAGCACGCAAGGCACCGCCUGUCAGGGGAGAGCGCAGUGCGACGUUUCGAAAGUGA